CGUGUAGCUGUGAACCAAACCGUUGGAAAACAACACUCAGUGCCUUCGUACUUCCGCUCAGCUCAAAUCCCUUUAAGAAAACCACAACAACUCAACAGCUGAUGUAAAGAUGGCGACCCUGUGCUCAGAAAUGACCGCUAGUCUGGACUCGAAAGAUUCCGGGAAUGAAAUUCAUGCUAUUUUACGGCGGUGCAGGGGGCGACCCAGGCUGUCGGACACAGACCGAGCUCGAAGGCGACUCGAAUCCCGGAAAAAGUACGAUGUUCGACGAGUGUACCUCGGAGAAUCGCACAAGGUCUGGAGCGACCUGCGACAGAAAACCUGCAUGAGCGACGCCGGACUCGCCGAGUAUUUAAUCCUGCUGAACUCGGCUUACGGAGAUAGAUACCAGCAGAAAUACUGCGUGAAGAACUUUCCAGAAUUGUGCAGAAAUCAGAAAAAAGGGAAGAAGGUGACCACCACGAGCUUACACAACUUGGUGAGCUGGUAUCAGCAGCACUGCCAAAUGUGCUCUCAUGAGCCUGAGCUGCGGUCUAUGGAGCCAUUGAUGGGCCUGUCUACUACUGUUCUCUGGCAGUGUGAUGCUGAGCAUUCAUUCAUUCAGCACAUUUCAUGGCCUCUGGGAGGCAGUAGCGAGUCUGAUGAGGAUGACAAUAAUGAUGAGCCAGAGCCAGAGAAAAAGACAGCUGUCCAGACUACAGCAACAGCUGUGAGCAACCAAAGGACAUUGGCAGAUACAGAAGAUGAGCUGGAGAGUGCCACAGCAGAGGUUUCUAAAGUGGCUCAACAGAUGUCCUCCACAGCUUUCAGUCAACUUCCAGAAUCCCACAGCGAAGCCGUCACAUCCUCACCCUCCCUGGGAGACCAGGUCAUGUGGGAAACGGAAGCAGAGCGAGAACAGGAGCUGGCCAUGGCUGACUGUGAAAAUGGCAUGAGAGACGACUUUCAUUUGGUGGAGCCAAGUGACUCAAAGCCCGAAGUUGUAGGAGGUCAUGGUCCUGGGACAGAUGGUUAUGAAUGCGUGGUGGUCACGGCAGCUUUGAUGGAAAGCCUGCAUGGACCGGACGGAGCCAGCCAUUUGACGGAGGACAUCGAUGAGAACCGAGCACGACCAAUCUCGGGAGGUAUGACCCACAUACCCUCAGCAGCCACUCCAGUACAAGCAGAGCUCUAUGAAACCCAGGCACUGCAGAGCAUGGUGGGCAGCUGUGAGCUACCAGACCAGCAUGCUACACUGCAGGGCUCACAGCUGAUCAUAAUCACAGGAUCCAGUUACGAAACAAUGACAUCUGAAGGCAUUCAGCUCAAUGUGGCUGGAGGAGACGUGGAGGGGGUCACGUGCACAGUGAUCGAGGGGAUGUCUUACAAUCAGAUGUGCCAAUCAGAAACCAUAAUCCAGAACAGUGUCUCACAUACAGAUACCAUGCCGGACCUGAGCGAGAAGCAGCUGUUGGAACCUAGUGAAGAAUCGCACAGUCAGAAGGAUAUUCAGUGCUCUCUCAGCAGGUCUAGGAGAAGUCGUCAAGGUCCAGUUAUUGAGGCAGAUGGCAUGCUGAAAAUGUUCCACUGUCCAUAUGAUGGCUGCAGCCAGGUGUAUGUGGCCCUCAGCAGCUACCAGAAUCAUGUGAACCUGGUACACAGGAAAGGCAGGACAAAAGUGUGUCCACAUCCUGGCUGCGGGAAGAAAUUUUACCUGUCUAACCAUCUACAUCGCCAUAUGAUUAUUCACUCGGGAGUGCGAGACUUCAUCUGCGAGACAUGUGGCAAGUCUUUCAAACGCAAGAACCAUUUAGAGGUGCACAGGCGCACUCACACAGGAGAGACGCCAUUACAGUGCGAGAUCUGUGGUUAUCAGUGUCGUCAGCGGGCUUCCCUCAACUGGCAUAUGAAGAAGCACAUGUCCGAGGCACACUACAACUAUACCUGCGAGCACUGCGGCAAGCGCUUUGAGAAACUCGACAGUGUCAAGUUCCACAAGCUCAAAAGCCAUCCAGACAGACAGACCACUUGAAAGAGAGAGGACUCAAGAUUGAUAUUAAUAACAAACAAACAAAACAAAAAAAACAUAAGGGCUUCUUUUAACACCAGUUUUAUCUAGGUUAGUGACUGGUGGGCACUGAGCAAGUGCACAUGGUGAAGGAGGUGAAGAAACAGAGCACUUCUAAAAAGAAGUGUGGGUAGUUACAGCAGAAGUUAAACCUUUGUGUAUGUGCUAGUUUGAGGCAUAAUUUUUCUGUGUGCUGUGCUGGUCACAGCUUUCAUUCACCAGCUUAUGGUGUUGCAUGGUUCUGAAAUGUCUGUGUACAGUAUUGUUUACAAAGUGUUUUGUAUGUUCACAUUCUACUCUAAACCCUCAUCUUAAGCUUUAUAAAAUGUGUUUAAUUCAUAUGUGUUUAAACACAUUUUGUGUGUUUUGAAAAUUUUCAUGAUGCAUCUUUUAGCUGGUAUGAAAUUGAGUGCACAGAAUGGGUGGAGUGUGGAAAUUGCAACUAUAGAAUCUAUGCUGUUUUCUUUUAUGAAAUAUUGCCACUGAAAGCAGUUAUUUUUCGACAUAUAUCAGAUGAAUAUCUUUUGCGUCAUAAAAUACAAGGGACAAUUAUGUUCCACUGUGAUGGACUGACGUCUCAACCAGGGUGUACCACCUUGUGCCCAGUGUUCCCAGAAUAGGCAGUCCAUCCAGGAUUUUGCGAUCACAGAAAUGAAUGCAAAAUCAAGGAAAUGCUGCAAUAUUCACAGAAGCUUACAAUUUUUCAAAAUUACUGCAGAUUUGAGCCAUAAACAUUCAGCCAAAGCUCUCUUUGAUUAACGUACGUGUACAUGUACAGCUAAAAAGUCUCAUUUACCAACAGACAUCACUGCGAAAGACAAUUUUGUGCAAUUGCACUUUCACCAAUUCAAGUGGUUUUCCGUUUUUUAAAAAAAAAAGCACAAAAACUUUGCAGCAAAAUCAAGCAUUUUUAGCCACACCAGUCUCAAAUAAACUAUAUGAAAUCCUGUACGGACUGUAUAGGCUCUAGAUAGAAAGCAACCCUAACCGGGAUAAAGCAGCUACUGAAGAUGAAUUAAUAUUCCAAUAUUCGUAUGUGGGUUGUUGCAACACCAGUUUACCAAUAGCCAAAAAUGGAAACUGAAGGAUUAGCUGUGUUUUACAUUUGUUUGUUCAUGGAACUUAAACAUCUCUGUAUGUUUAAGUUCACAAUGUCACAAAGUGCAUGUUCAUUUCAUAUUGCAUGUUUCAUUUCAGUUAUUUUUGUUGAUAUUCAUUAGGGAUGCCAAUAAUUGUAUAACAGUCUGACUACAUGUAGCUAUUCUGUUGAAUUAAUUAGUGUCUCAAAGACAUUAUAUAGACAGCUGAGUGGAUUUUGGGAACAUGUAGGACUUUUAUUGCAAUACUGACUAACAAUGAAUGAAUGUACAGUAGGAGUCAGUCAGUGAGGUUGCAUUUGCUUUAUUAUAAUUGGUCUUAUGUUCUUUUACGAACCUGUAUUAUUUAUUAAUAUGCUUCUUUAGAGAAUAGAUUUUUAUAUCAAACAGUUAUCGUAUAUGGUUUUAAUAUUUAUUCAGUCAUCAGUGCAUGCUGCCAUUUUUGAUUAACUCUAGCUUCUGAAGAAAGGUCUACCCCCCCCCCACACACACACACACCCACCCCACAAAGAACAGAUGGGUGUUUUAAAGGUGUUUCAAGCCUCAUGCUUUUGUCAGUCAUUCAUUAGGUGUAAAUACUGUAAUUGCUAGCUCCUUAAGUGUUCACGCAUUUGCGUAUAAUGUUUACAGCCCAUCCUCAUUGUUCUCUAACCAGAAAGUAGGAAGUACUACAAAUGUAGCGCCUCUCUCUUACCUGCUUAAUGUCCCAAAAUAGAGCUGCAUUGUUGAGUUUAUAAGGAAGUGACCAUAUUACAGCACUUCAAUUCUCAGGGGAAACAGUCACAAACUAUCAUAUUUCUCAUUCCUUUAUCUGAAACGUUUAGCAUUUAUGACUCAGCUCAUUUAUUUCUGCUACAGUGCUUAUUUGCAACCAUCCUGAUUUCUUCUGUUCUUGUGUAUAUCAUACUCAAUCGUUUUAGAUUUUUAAAACUUAAAAAAUCUUAGCUUUUUAAGGACUUGACAGUCCUUAUGUUUACAAGCCAAAUGAGGAUUAACAGUUCAACACUGUAACUUUGGUGUUUUUCUUCAGCAAGGUUCAUUAUGAUAACAGUCUUAUAUUGAAGUUGGGUUGAGAGUAUUAAUACUGUUUUUUAAUUAGCAGUUUAUGCUUGGGGGGUGAUGACCAUCUCCUUUUCUACUAUAUGAUGAUCUGCUUGUGUUUUAUCUGAAAAUGAAGCCCUUUUUGGAACAGGCUCAAUAAGCUACAGCUGCACUGCACUCAUCUUGAUCUUCUGUCCUUCAUGAUAUGCACAUAAACUCUUACAGAGCGCUUGAAUAUUUGUUACACAAAAUACAACAUUUACCCAGA